CUUUUAAAAGCCUCGCCGAGUACACCUCUCCUACAUCCAUUUCCUUUCCUUCGGUCGGCGGGCGGCUUAAACCCUAGACUGUCGUCACUUCUCUGCUCCGCCGCCGCCGCCGUUACCGCCUCUCCUCCUCCUCCUCGCCCCAACACGAUGGAAUUCUGGGGUCUUGAAGUCAAGCCUGGAACGACUGUUAGGUGUGAGCCUGGAGAUGACUACAUCCUGCACCUUUCUCAGGCUGCUCUUGGGGAAUUAAAGAAAGCAAGUGACAAUGCUCUGAUGUAUGUCAAAGUUGAUGAUCGGAAACUAGCCAUUGGAACCCUCUCAGUUGACAAGCACCCUCAAAUCCAAUUUGAUUUGGUCUUUGAGAAAGAUUUUGAAUUGUCACACACCUCAAAAGCUGCCAGUGUGUUCUUCUCUGGUUACAAGGUUCAUCAACCAGCUGAGGGAGAUGAAAUGGAUCUUGAUUCAGAAGAAGAUGAAGAAGAUGAAGAGGAGGGAGAGCUGAACAUUCCAGUAAUCAAGGAAAAUGGUACAGGCAUAGGCAAAGCUGAAGCAAAGGAGGAGCAGAAAAGUCAAGGGAAGGCAGGUGCUACAGCCUCAAAAACAAAUGCUGCUGCAAAGCAUGUGGAAAAGGAAAAGAAGGAUAACGAUGACAGUGAUGAGGAUGAGACUGAUGAUUCUGAUGAGGAUGAUGGAUUAUGUCCUGAGGAAGGCGACAGCGAUGGUUCGAGCGAGGAGGAUGAUUCCAGUGAAGAUGACGAGGAGGAUGACAGUGAUGAGGAGGAUGACAGUGAUGAGGAUGAAGAAGAAACUCCUAAGAAGCCAGAGGUAGGCAAGAAGAGAGCUGCUGAAAAUUCUUUGAAAACACCUGCUUCUGAUAAGAAAGCAAAGGUUGCCACACCGUCUGGCCAGAAGACUGGUGGCAAGAAGGGCACGCAUGUGGCGACUCCACACCCAGCAAAGCAGGCAAGUAAGAACCCUACAAAAAAUGACAAGUCAACGGAAAAGUCCUCGAGAUCUGGUGGGUCGAUCCCGUGCAAAUCAUGCAACAAGACAUUCAACAGUGAGAUGGCUCUGCAAUCUCACUCGAAGGCAAAGCAUUGAUGAACCUGGGAUGGGUGUCUGCAUUGGCUGCCCCUUACGUUACCCUGCAUUUUCUUCGUCUGAAAAAAAGGCAACUUGUGCGUGCAGUAGGCCUUUAUUAUCAAGAAUGGCUGACUAGUGGUUGUUAUGUAAUGCGUCAGAGACUAGUAUGCAGCAAAACAAGGCUGGCACAGUUUAAACUUUCAUAUUUGGGUCAAGUGAAGUGGUUGGUCGAGCUGGUAUUUGGAUUGGUUGAA